UUGUACGUAUGCUUAUGUAAAGUUCUAUUGAAAUUUUCUAAUAAAUAAUCUCAUUCACAGGUACGAGGCGCGCCUGCAAUCGCCAUUGUAGGCUGUCUAUCGUUGGCUGUGGAAAUAUUACCCGAAGAGUUCGAUUCAAAAAAAUCGCUCCGCCAAGAAAUCGAAGGCAAACUGAAUUAUUUAGUCUCAGCACGUCCAACAGCUGUGAAUAUGAAAAUCGCCGCCGAUGAACUGAUCACCUUAGCCAACGAGUUGACCAAAGAUGAAACCAUUACUGUACAAGAAAUGAAACAAAGAUUUUUGAAAGCCACUGAAGCGAUGCUGCAGAAAGAUAUUGCCGAUAAUAUGGCGAUCGGUACAAAUGGUGCUGCCGCCAUACUGGAGGCUUGCGGUAGAGAUUCAGCCGUGCGUGUCCUAACACAUUGCAAUACUGGCUCGUUGGCCACCGCCGGUUAUGGCACUGCAUUGGGCGUGGUUCGGAAGCUGUAUGAUUUAAAAAAACUGGGUGAGUUUAAUAUAAUAUCAUGAUCCAAUUAUUUAUGCUCAUUGUGUGGAAAAAACCCAUAGCCCAGUGGCUUUAGAUCAAAUUGGCAUGACGGAAAACACACUUUAGUUGGGCACUUUUGACGCAGUUUACUUUUAUUUUACACGUAGAUUAUGUAUCCACAGUCUUUCCCAUAAUUUGAUAUGAACAUUCUGCUAUCUUGGAUUUGAGUUUUUUUGGGUUUGUCGCUAUUUGCAUUUUUAUA